AUGGCCAGCGCGGAGGAGUUCAAUCAAGAGAUUAAUGUGGGCAAGGUUGCGAUUCCAGCACUUUCAUCUUUGCUGGAUGUGAGGGUUCCCUUCGUACAGCUGGAGUCCGAGCGUCUACAGGCUUCGGUGUCCUGGCUCUAUGGGGCAGUUCAAGCUCUGCAGCAGCAAUGCCUGGGGCUGAACUCCCGGCUGGAGCACCUUCAGGAGAUGAGCACCCCGAGCCUGCAGGCGUCUCCACUGUCUCCGCUGCCUUUGGACGCGGAGGAUGGCCGCAUGCAGCUGUGGCAGCACGAGCAGAAACGUGCCGCUGAACAAGCGCAGGUUGAACUGCGCUUCCAAGCCCUCUCUGCAUCUGUGGAGAGCAGGUUGCAGCACGCUGAUCUCGAGGCAUUGGAAGGAAAGAUGACGCGGAGACUCGACGAGAUUUCCCAACACUCCAAGCAGGAGAUCUCCUCCCUGGCAAGGUUGCUGGAGGGCAGCGUUUCGGCAGACCGCCGGCAGCUUCAGGAACAGUUCGAGGCUCUGCGCUGCAAGGUAGAGGCCCAGCUCGACGUUUUGUCGGCGUCCGGAGUCCAGAAUGCUGUGAAGGCUCUCCGGCAAGCUCCUCGGGAGCCGCCUCUGCCACAUGCUGUUCUUUCACGUGAAAUGCCCGAGGAAACGGCAUUCAGCCCCGAGAGGACCUCCGGCACCGGCCUGGGGGCGGAGCAGGCGCUGCAGUCCCGCCUCGAGCAACUGGAGCAGAGCCUCCAGCGGCUCUCACAGCGGGGAGCCCCUCGAGCAGAGGAAACUUCAGGUUCCGUGCCCGGCAUGGACGGCGAUGCCGUGUGGCAGCGGUUCACUGACGUGGACCAGGCCCACAUCAUGACCGUCCAAAGAAUUUCAGAGAUGGAAACACGCCUCGCCCGUGUUGAGGGGAAAGGCCCAGGCCGUCGCCAACGAGAUGGAACUGGAAAACUGGCACAGGCAGGUGACUGGGAGGUGCCGAUGUCCGAGCUUCAGUCCAGCCAUGCUUCCUUGGCAGAGGAAGUGGCAGCACAUGUCCUUCCAGCAGUCUCCACACUGCGUUCGACUCUCACGCAGAUAACGAAGUACAUUUCCGGCGACGCACCGGAGGAGGACAUGGCCACUUCCAUGAAAUCUGUGAAUGCCUUGGACUGGCUGCAGCAGCGCGUGGGAGCUCUCACGAAGGAGAAGGGGCACACUUUGGAGGCCCGCCUUCAACUCCUCGAGCAAGCGACCGGCAGCACAGAGAUCUUCCAGAAAGUCCAGAACCUCGAGCAGAUCUUAGGCAAGCUCGAUGUGGAUGCCGUCAAUGAGGUUCCUCCACAGCUGAUCAUCGUCAAAGAAGAUCAGGAAGUCUUCAAGCAGGACCUGCGGCGCGAGGUGCAGGAGCUGAAGGUGCUGGUCGGUUGCAUGGAGGCAUGCGUACCGAAAGAAACGCGAAAAGCGAUCCAGCUGUUCAAGAGGGGCGCUGGCGUCUCAGAUGAGGAGUUCAUCACCGCCGGUGGCCUGAAGCUUUAUGCAGAUGUGGAAGCUCUGCGAGAGGAGUUGCAGGUGCGCCUGGCGGAUGUGGAGACCAACUCCGCCCAGCAGCACGACAGCUUGAACUCCAUGGUUCAGGACCUGGAGACGAAACAGGAGAGGCUUUCCAGCGCAUUCCGAAAGCGCUUCGCCAGCGACGAUGCCACUCAACACCCAUUUACCUCGGUGGAGGGCAGGCCGGGGGCCCCGGGGACCUCUUGGCUCGGCAGCACCCCACGAUUGGAGUUAAUUGGGGACCUUUCGGUCGAUGUGCUGAUGGCGCCAUCUGCCUUCGAAGAGCUCUGCCGUGAGCGAGAUGUCAAGCCCGAGGAGUGGCGAGCCAAACUCGCCACACCGAUCGUUGCAGACAAAAGCUUGCAAGAGAUGACCGACAGCGAGAUCGAAGAUUACAACCGAAAAGUGCAAGAGAGGGCGCAGGAAGUCAGAAAGGACCGUGCCCUCUUGGCGCUGGAGAAAGCGCAGGACGGAAGACUCGAGCGGAAAGCGACCAAGGUCUGGAACCAGCACGCGAAGGAGAGAGUCAAGAUUCCAGCCGAGCAGGUGCCCGAAAUGCUGGAGUCUCUCACCUUCGAAGUUUCGAACAACGAGAUGCACUUCCUGCUGGGCAUCUUCGGAGCGACCCAGGGCUCGGACAUUGACCUGGAGCACGAACUGACUCAAAACGACUGGCACUGGCUGGUUGGGGAAUGUCAGAUCCUCAAGGAAUCUUACAAGUUCUUCUUCCGCAGGGAGGAAUGGGAAGUUCAGUACACGGAUCAGCUUCAGAAGUUGACUCUCAAGGAUCUUUGGACAACGAAGCUUUCCAAUCAAGGAGCGCACAAGAUCGGGUGGUGGUGGACCACAGGAGAGAAGGCCGGCCAGGCCAGCGUCCUGCAAAAGUUCGCCUGGGGCGCUCAGCCGGAGGUGGAAGAGGAGUUGCUUGGAAAGAUGGAGCUGGUCAUCGGUCCUCGGUUGAAGGAUGCAGAUGGCAAGCAGUCGAUGGAGUAG